AUGCAGAGGGCUAUGAAGCCGGGAAAGCGGGUCGUUGUCAAGAACGAGCCUAAUGACGACCAAGGGGCUGUUCGCCAUACACCGACUGCAGGUGUCAAAGUUGCUCCAAACAUGAACAUUAACUUGACAGCUUUCGGAGAGCUGUACGACGUGGAUGACACUGCAAUUCUGGAGCGAGCAGUUGAGUCAGGGCUGCAGCUGGCUCGUGAGAUAUCCCCCGUGAUCGAUCACCUUGCCUCGUUGAACACAUCCUCGACUGCCAGGAAGGACGAUGUUGCCCGAUGGCAGGAAGCCAUUGAGCAGAUCUUUUCACUGUCGAGGCCAACUCAGACUCGGAUUGGCGUUGUUGGCGUCACAGGAGCAGGUAAAAGCUCACUGGUAAACUCUCUCGUGGGCGAAGAGAAAUUGUUGCCAACCAGCUGCAGCCGAGCUUGCACUGCCUGGGUCACCGAGGUCUCAUAUAACUACAUCGACGACGCGACUGCAAGCUACAGAGCAGAGAUUGAAUUCAUGACGGCAGAGGCUUGGCUUGGUGAGGUGGAAGCCUUGCUCCAGGACAUCAAGGAUGACGUCAGUUCAGGCUCCUCUGAUUACUUGGAUGGCAAUAGCGACGCAGGCAUGGCGUUCUCGAGACUCACGGCCGUAUAUCCCGGUCUCACAUUGGAAACAAUCUUGACCAGCGACAAGAAUGUCAUGGCUGAAAACGCCGAAGCCCAAAUGGUCUUGGGCAGGACAAUCAAUCUCAACGACGUCUCCUCCAAAGGUCUUUUGGACCAGAUGCAGGCGUACAUGGGCAGGAAUGCCAAGGAAGAUGUGGCAAAAGGUUUGAACCCUUGGCCUCUGAUCAAGGCAGUCCGAGUCUUCACCAAAGCUCCCGCACUUUCGACAGGUGCCGUCAUUGUCGAUUUGCCCGGACUCCACGACUCGAACGCCGCCCGAGCAGCAGUGUCAACAAACUACAUGAAGGAUUGUUCUGGCAUCUGGGUCGUUGCCCCCAUCAUCAGGGCCGUGGAUGACAAAUCCGCAAAGGAGUUGAUGGGCGAGUCGUUCAGACGGGGUAUGGUUUUCGACGGCACGUGGUCAGCUAUAAGCUUCGUUGCCUCGAAGACAGACGACAUCAACGUCGAAGAAGCCGCUGGCGAACUAGGCUGUGCCACUGACAUCGACCAGGACUUUGCGAGGAUCAAUACUCUCACCAACGAAAUUACCGCCUUGAAAAACGAUUUGGGGGUGUUGAAGAAACAGAACACCAAAAACAGGGACUCGCUUGAUGAUUUGCGCGACGAGGUAGAUAUGUGGGAGACCGCCAUGAGUGACAUUCAAAGAGGCGAAUCCAUCCAUGCGGCGACGGCCAAUCUCGGCAAGAGAAAGCGAGCCGACAGCGACGUGAGUGGCAUGAGCCCUCUUAUGGAGGCUGUAACGACUCCUUACGAGGAGAGCCAAGUGGAUCAGCACCUGCAAGAUCUGAAAACUCGAGCACAAGACCUACGCAAGCGGAUCAAAAUCGACUUAGAAACCAUCAAGGAACAAGAACAGAGCCUCGAGCUGAAGAUGCAGACAAAGACGUCCCUGCUGGAGGGCAUCAAGAAAUCCUGCAUCAAGAAGCGGAACCAGGUGUCUUCUCAAAGAAUUAAACAGGACUUCGCGGAUGGUAUCAGAGAAGUCGACGAGGCAACCACACCCGACCAGAAUGAUGUUUUCUACAUCCCGGACAAGCCUCCACGCGACUACGAGAAGGUCAAAGCCGGUCUACAUGUGUUUUGCAUCAGCAGUCGAGCCUACCAGAAGCUCAACGGCAUGAUGCAGAACGUGGGCUUCGACACCAGCGGCUACGGGAACUCGGAUGACACGGGCAUACCCGAGUUGCAGGCUCAUGCGCAGAAACUCACCGAGUCCCACAGAAAUGCACGUUGCCGAGAGAUUCUGGUCAAGCUUCAAGCACUUCUCACGUCCAUUGCGUGCUGGAUCACAGGUCUCGACAUCAAGCGAGCAGGCCUCGACUCCAGCUCAAUCAAGGUACAUCUCAGAAGAGAGUCCGUCAAGUUUCGCAAUAAUUUAACCGAGUCUCUAGAUGCCUGCUCUGAGAAGCUAACCAAAAUGCUUCAGAUCAACAUUUACAGCAAGACCAACUCCUUGGCUAUCGCCGCGGAGUUGGAGGCAACGCCGUAUGCCGACCGGUGGUUUGAGUCACAAGAUGAUGGUGGUCUUGGACUUGUGUCACAUCGGACGUUCAAAGCCGUAUGCAGAAAGAAGGGAGUGCAUGCCCCUCGCGGUCGCGUUGCUGUCGAUAUUCACGCAGACCUCGCUCGGCCCAUUUAUGACGGGCUUGUGGGCGAUUGGGAAAAGGUCUUUACGCUCAAGAUCCCGUUUCUCUUGCAGGAGUUCUUGAGUGAGUUCACUCAGCACCAGAAAAACUUUCACCAAGUAUUCGUCGAAAGGUACGAGAGGAGCCACCAUUUGGCCAAGGCUCUAGACUCGCUCAACGAUCACAAUGAUGGAUCAAGGGAGGGGCUUUCGAAUCUCGUGGUGGAAAUCAAGAACACUACCGCUAAAUACCGGGGUGAUGCUCGCCAAGCAGUAAUCCAAGCCAUUGCGAACGGCAUGGAAGCCCUUUACAAUCGAUGUCUGGGCAUACGAGGCACUGGCUGCAAAUUGAGAAUCCAACGCGCGGCUGAAGACCACAUCGAAACCAUCAAGGGGACAGUUUUCCACGAUGCAGUCGCAAAAAUGCACAUGGAGCUUGAGGACAUGGAGCAAUUUAUUGGGGAUAAGCUCACGACCGAGGUCAAGCUUUUACUUGAGAAAGCCCUCUCGGCAUACUCGGGGGUUCUCCUCGGCAGCCAGAGGGGCAAACUGUCGCCUGCGGAGCUCAAGCUGAAGGAUGACUUAUACGUCAUCUUUCAGAGCGUCAACUCUCGGUUCAGACGCACGAACUGA